AUGCUGUCUGUCCUCGUCGAUCAAAAAGACAUUUGGUGUAUUACGUAUGCCGGAGAGGAUGGCCAGCCUGAACCCGAGAACGCCCGCUUGCAAAAAGAAAAACGUCGCGACAAUUUUCUCUCUCGCCCUUUCUAUUCCCCCCGCUUUCUCUCUUUCUUUCUUUCAUUCUUUCUUUCUUCGCAGUUUCUUUUUGUGGCUACUUUUCAUCACUCGUUUUGCUUUGAUUGUACUUUGCAAGGAGAGGAAAAGAAGAGGAUUGCUUUAAACGUGACUAGAAUAACAAAGGAUUCCUCUUACGAAUCCCUUGAUCUUUCUCUUUCUAAAUCUCUCUUUCUAUCUCUCUCUAACUCUCUUUUUAUCUCUCUCUUUCUAUGUCUCUCUUUAUAUCUCCGUCUUUCUAACUCUCUCUUUCUAUGUCUCUCCUUCUAUAUUUCUCUUACAAUCUAUCUCUUUGUAACUGCCUCUUUCUGUCUCUCUCUCUAUCUCUCUAUUUCUAUCUCUCUCUCUCUAUCUCUCUCUCUGUCUCUUUCUGACUCUCUUUUUCUCUCCUUUUGUCUCGGUAUUUCUACCUCUCUCUUUCUAACUCACUACUUCUAUCUCUCUUUUUUCUCUCUCUUUUUCUCUCUCUCUCUUUUUCUCUCUCUCUCUCUUUCUGUCUAUCUCUUUCUAUGUCUCUGUUUCUUUCUAUCUUUUUUUCUAUAUUUCUAUUUCUAUCUCUCUCCUUCUACCUCUCUCUUUUUUUUCUCUCUCUCUUUCUAUGUCUCUCUUUCUAUGACUCUCUCUCUUUCUAUGUCCCUCUUUCUAUCUCUUCCUUUUUAUCUAUCUAUGUCUUUCUAUCUCUCUAUUUCUUUCUCUCUAUUUCUAUCUCUCUAUUUCAAUCUCUCUAUUCCUAUCUCUCUAUUUUUUUCUCUCUAUUUCAAUCUCUCUAUUUCUAUCUCUCUCUUUCUAUCUCUCUUUUUCAAUCUCUCUAUUUCUAUCUCUCUCUUUCUAUCUCUCUAUUUCUAUCUCUCUAUGUCUAUCUCCCUUUUAAACUUUUAUCUUCCUAGCUUUCUCUUUCUAUCUCUAUCUAACACUCUCAUUCUCUCUCUCGCUGUUGAUCUCAAUCUCUACAUCUCCCUGUUUCCCUCUAUCUGUUUUUGUCUCUCUCUCCCACCCUCUCUUCUCUUCUUCUAUUCUUUAUUAUCUCUCUCUCUCUCUCUCUCUCUCUCUCAUUCUACUUAG